UCACUCCAAUGGAGUGAAAUAUUUACCGGAAAGUAGCAGGGAGGGUAAUUUAAUCUAAAAACUCAUCUGAAAUAGGUUCAUUAAGAGAUCUUUCAUUAAGGCGUAUACAUGUCUUUUUUUAUGUCAUCCGUCUUGUUAAUUUAGCCUCCUUGUUAUAUAGUUAGCAACAGAAUUUACUUUAUCGGAAUUUUUAAAAUAGCAUUUUCGCUUGUUUUUGAUUUUGCCUAGACCCCGCAGUAUCGGAUAUGCAAUGCAGACAGAGCAAGGGGAACAUGAGCCCAGCUCCCUGCUCUGGGGGCUAGAUCCCGUGUUGUCCUCCUUUGCUAAGCUUUAUGUUAAAGAUAUUUUACGUAUGCGGGAGUCCUCUCAGAUCCCAGAUGUUUAUUUUUACAAAUGUCACCCACUUUUUAAAGUUGAUGUUUUGGGGACCGUUGUAUAUAAACGAGAGAGGGAGGACUUCUUCUGUUACGGAGUUGAUGACGGAACGGGUGUUAUAAAUUGCCUCUGUUGGAAAGACGAAAAAUGGAGAGAAAAUACAGACGCAGUAAACUCAGGAGCUACUUUGCAGGUGUCAAAUAAAGGAGGGUUUAAUCCUGUGGAACAGCUGAAGAAACUGAAGUUGGCACAGAAAUUAAGUGCCCAACUUGAAAUUGGAGACCUGUUGAGGGUCCGAGGGUCGGUCAAGACUUCUAGGGAGCAGAGGGAGAUCAUGGCCUGCAGUUACUAUAAGGUGAACGACCCAGUGAUGGAAGUGCAGAUAUCGUGGAUGAUGGAAGUUCUCCACCUAUAUCGGGAUUUCUAUGACAAACCCUUCCUCUUCACAAAGAGCGUGCAGCACUUGGACACGGCCGAAGGAGAUGACCUUCUGCGCUCGCUCUCCGUGCUUCGACGGGCUUCUCGGCUGCUUAUGAGCUUCAUUAGAGAAAAAGGCCUUGGAAGCUUUCGGCCCAAAGAUGUCCAGCACCUUCUGAUGCCUCUGCUGUCCUGUGCUCCCUCCUGCAGCACAACACAGCAGGAAUCUACUGUGGCACAGUCAUCUUCAAAGCAGGUUCAUCACCUCUUUCGAGAUGUUAUAAAGGCGCUUCAGGAUGAGGGCCUGGUGUUUCGCAAAGUCAUAUCCCAGGAUGAAGUCUAUCAGGUAACAGAGCAGGACAAAGAGCUGCGGAGAGUAACUAAAGACAUAGUUAGGGAAGAUUCCGGACGAGAAAAAUAUGCUGAAAAGGGCUGCCAUGUCUUGCACAUUCUGUCAUGCGUAAGACAGACCUAUAGCCGAAAUGUCAGCAAGUCAGUCAUCGAAAUGGUCCUGCGGUGCCUGGAACGUGACAGUGAAAUCUUCAGCACAAUAGACCAGAACCACUACAAGUACAUUAGUGUGACAGACUAACAUCUUGGAUGACCAGAGAAGGCCAAAGUAGUGCAUGGACUUCAUUUAGUAAUAAUGUCACUCUGUUUUUCUGCUACUAUUAUUUUAUAGCCCUGCAACCUUGAAUGGGAUAAGGACAUAUAAAAUAAUAUUCAUCCAUCUUUAGGUAUUACCUUAGUAUGCAAAUAAAUCAUGGUAUAAACAAUGGAAUAAUCGUCUUCUAGUGCCGGUUCAAAAACAUUUACAUUUUUAAAUUUUAAAUAUUUUACUGAAAUCAUGGACCUUGUUGGUAUUUUUUCACUCGCCACUAGACGGCGCUAUUCAGCAAACUAGGCAUUCUACGCGGUCAGGGUGAGCAGCGACAUAUUUUCUGAUUAACUUUCGACUCAAAAAAUAUGUUUUUUGGUGAUUAUGGACUCUUUUUUUGCUAGCUUAAUAACAAUGCAUUUUCUGUUUAGCAGAUGCAAUUUUCUAACCUAUGCCUGUCCGCAAACAUGCCUUUUUAUUAAUAAAAUCACUGCCCCAGUCUGUAUGAAAAGCUUGAAAGUGUAUUUAUAGGUAAUUAUUGAGCCGAUAUCCGUUUGAUUUUAUCCAUCCAUUUCCCAUAGUCGCCUGUCCUAUACAGGAUAAGGAGCGCAUUAACUUAUUGCAUAAAAUGGCUAAAACUUACUUUAAAAACACCCAAGUUGGUAAUAUAUAACGUCAGUUUAGAUAAAUGUAAAUAAUGAGACGUUCAUAUUUUAUUUUUGAAAUGAUCAAUUUAAACAUCUUUGCCAAUAAAAACCUUACUAGGAGAGA